GCUACCGUCGAGAGAGGCUGUGAUCGUGCGUGUGUGAGCCACAUGUCGUACACGCGGCAACAAGUGUCAACCGAACACGUGGCUUAACAUUCAGAUACUUUGGUGGUUUUAGAACUCUUUUUGUGGUUUUGAAGCGUCAGGAACACUCGCGAUGUCAACAGUGUCGCGGAAGUGCUAGGGGUGGAAGGACAAGGUUCGGAUGCCCGAGGGUGGGCGAGUGGAUCAAUGCAUCUGCCGGGGAUCAUGACUUCCGACCCAUCUGGAGGCCACGGGUACCAAGGGGGCAAGAAACGGGUGGGUCGCCGAGGAGAUGCCCAGGGGGAGGCGUGCGCGGGAGACGAACUGUGGUGGACUGAGAGAGUGUUGUGCGAGAUACAAGCGGAGCACCCCGGAGAGCUGGUGAGGACGGGGAGUCCGUACUUCAUGUGCUCGGCUCUACCCUCCCACUGGCGGUCCAACAAGACGCUGCCCGUGGCCUUCAAGGUGGUGGCUCUAGGAGACGUGGUGGACGGCACGCUGGUGACGGUCCGCGCCGGGAACGACGAGAACUACUGCGCCGAGCUGAGGAACUGCACCGCCGUCAUGAAGGGACAAGUCGCCAAAUUCAACGAUCUCAGAUUUGUUGGGAGAAGUGGAAGAGGGAAGAGCUUCAGCAUCACGAUCACAAUAUCCUGCAACCCUCCUCAAGUCGCCACCUACAACAAGGCCAUCAAGGUCACCGUGGACGGACCCCGGGAACCUAGGUCCAAGACCAAUCUGGGUCAGCGGCCAUACCUAGAAGCCUCCCCCUUCGGCAGCCACCUGCGUGAGCUGACCGAGUACCGCCAGAGGGUGAAGAGCGAAGUUGUCUCCAACAACAACAACAAUAACAACAACAACAACACAGGCUACAAGGUGGAGCCGGGCCACACGACGGCAAUACCUGAGAGCAGCGCCGGGAUGGAGUGGUCAGGAUACAACACCGGAUACUCUCCUAGCUCCGGAUACCAGAACUCUGGAUACAGCUCAGAGUUGACACCCAUCGAACCCACCAUGUCCUCCCAUCUCCCCACAGUACUGCCGGAGACGCCGGUCAGUUCUCACCCCGACUACACCAUGUUCAGCCUCAAGAGCUCCAGCCCCGAGAUGGAUUGUGGGGGUGGUAGUGUGACGUCGCUGCAGCCCGCCCCCCACCUCCACCCCCACUCACACUCCCAUCCCCAUCGCUACGACACGGGGUAUACCAGCAGUGGUGGCUACUGGGGAGGAACCUGUGCAGCACCGCCCCACCAUAACUACAACAACUACUACAGCAGCACUUCCCCACCGACGGCAACCCAGGCCUAUCCGCAUCCACCCCCGCCACCCAUGGUGCUCUACCCGUCAUUGUACUCCACUGUCAACCAGAACCAGAUCCACCUUCAUCUGCAUCACAACGACAGGCCGGCGGCCACGGGAGAGUACAACGAGGACUUGACGGCUCUGGUGGGGAACAACCUGACUAUCAGCAGUAACUCCUCCAGGUCUAUAGAGAUAGGGAUUCUGCCCCCGUCCGAGGACGUCAAUAGACAGCACGGGACCGACGCCUCGGUCUGGAGGCCUUACUAGACUCUAGAAUCUUUUUAAUUUUGUAUACGGAAGUAAGCAUCCCUAGUAGUACUUUGGACCUGUUAUAGCCAGCUUUCAAUUCAAACGCAACACGUCGUAGAACGAGUCAGUCACAGGGUGCUGUUACAAAAAAAUAUUCUUUGGCACUAUGAUGUGGUUUUGAAGUAACAUAACAUAUUUGACCAAUCGUGUUCGGUGGUUCUUUCUUCAAAUAACAGUUAUUGACUCUGACAGUGGCUAACGACCAUUCUAAAUCUCAAGCUUUAGCUUUUACACGGAAUGGGAUGACUACUACUAAAUAAUUCAAGUUAGAAUGUUCCAAAACAAUACAAACUGUUACUUGAGCUGACCAGUUAUAUUUUAACAGUGACUAAAGAUACUGGGCUCUGGAUACUCAUUCAUAGGACAUCAUUUGUAAAGAUAAUUACAGGUUUUCCUUAAAGAAUAGGGUACUUUGAGCAUAAUUUUUAGUUAACACUUUUAUGGGUUAACUUUCUUUCCAUGAGUGUCUUGGAAGUAUAGUUCUAAUACAAAAUUGCACUUCCACG